GUUAGUACCAAGCCCUAGACACCCCCUGAUCCGGAGCGGCAGCGCAAAAGUCCGACCCUCCGUCGAAGCUGUAGUGGGACCUCCAUCGUGGCCCCUUGUGUAUCCCGCCAGCGCCAGUUGUCCUCGAAUCGCCAGCCAGCAGCACGCGACAUCGCCCACAACCGCCCACGAUGAGACUGCCAACCCUCUUCGCCGGGCUGAUUGCCUGCCUCAUCACCAAUGUCACUGCCACGGCUUUGACAUACAACAUUGCCGCCCACGAGAAGGCGUGCUUCUAUGCCGAGACCAAGAAGGACUACGAGAAGGUGGCCUUUUACUUUGCUGUGCAAUCUGGUGGCUCUUUCGAUGUCGACUACAUCGUUGAGGGACCCAACGGCAAGAUCAUUAUCCAGGGCGAGAAGGAGAGGCAGGGCGACUUCGUCUUCACCGCGCAGCAAGCCGGACACUACUCUUUCUGCUUCAACAACGAGAUGAGCACCUUUGCCGACAAGUUUGUCGAUUUCGAGAUUGCAGUCGAGAACGAGUCCCGCGCAACGCUGCCCUCAAAGCAGGGCACAUCCCCCGAACAGACGUCCGUCCUCGAGGAGUCCAUCUACAAGAUCUCUGGACAGAUCUCGACGAUUACGAGGAACCAGAAAUACUUCCGCACCCGUGAGAACCGCAACUUUGCCACCGUGCACAGCACAGAGGGACGCAUCGUGCGCUUCAGCAUGAUUCAGAUUGGUCUCAUUAUUGCGAUGGGCGCGCUGCAGGUCGUCGUCGUGCGAUUCUUCUUCCAGGGCGCGCGCAAGGGAUACGUAUGAACAGGAUUGCAUUUUGGGAAACAUGUACUGGGACGCAUGUACGGGUUACGAGGCGCAGGAUGGUCAAUCAAAACUUGUCGACAUUGGGUAUGUGUGAAGAGUCUCGGAGCUCUCGAGCGUGCUUGUAGCGCCUUUGAGAAUAGUUCAGCAUGAUGGUGGCAAUACAGACACCGCUUCAAAUUAACGGAUCAAGCAUCCUUGCCACUACAAUGCGUGUAUGAGCAGCCGAGGAGCAACCAGCAUUCUAAACCA